AUGGCCACACAGUGCCCAGCCAGGGUUCAGCUGGGCUCUGUGCAAGUGAUGCACAUUCGAUAUUCUGGGAUGCAGGUGCUCCACUGCCUCCAGCGCAUGGCUAAUAACUUCCAGGCACUCAAGCCAGCCCCGUAUCCCCGGCUCCAUCCCUCACCUGAAGUUGGGCUCCCUGUGAGGCGCCUCUCGGAGCCCCGUGCCCGAGCGAGGGCAUCGGACCAGGGAGGGAGGACGAGCCACAGCCCCGAGGCAGCCCGCACCGAGCCCAGCCCCGGGUGCGGCACCUGCCCCGCAACCCCAGCAAUUACCGGCGCUGUUAAUUGCGGCGCCGCCCGCUCUCUCCGACGCUGCGGGCUGGGAGGGCAGCCCCGAGGUGAGGGUGUCGCGCCGCCGGGGUCAGGGGAGAACGCGGGACAAGGGAUGCCCCGCCGCAAGUUUGGGCACUUUCCCGAAGUGGAGCGGGGAAAAGUUGGGGAGCAGCCGGGGGAUGCGGGGGAACGGGGGUGCCGGGGCGGCACAGCCCUGCCCGGGGACGGGGAACUCGCCACUGACCUGUACCGCGGCCGUGCUGUCUUCCCGCACUCAGCGCAUCCUCCGCGCCGCGCCGCGCCUGCCUGCCUGCCUGCCUGCCGCCGCUCUGCGCGACGCAGCCACGGCUUCGAGCCGAAGAUCCUCGGCGGGGAGGAGAGAGCGAAGCGGGACAGCCCGCCCGGAGACGGGAGGCCGCCGCCCCCCUCCCCGCCUCCCGCCCCCCCUCCACAGCCUCGCCCCGGCCCCGCUCCGCUCGGCUCAGCGCGGUCCCCACCCGCCGCGCCCGGCUGCGCACCUCCGGGAGCGGUGCGGAGGCCUCCGGCGGCGAGCGCAGCGCGGCCCGGUGCUGCUGCGCCCUCGGCACAUCGUCCCUCGCCGCGGCCCGGGGACAGCGCGGGCGGUGCCGGUGCCGCCGCCUUUCCGGGAUGCCGCUCGCCUCUCAAGUUUGACACGUUUCGGCGGCGCCGGCCGCCUUGA